AUGGAAAUCAAUACAGUUCAAGAAAGCACAGAACUUACAACGGCACCUACCUCUACCAUAGAUUCUACCACUCAGGCAGGUUUCACAACCUCCACUAGGCCUACAUCAGCAGACACUUCCCCUGAAAUAAUGACUACUUCACCACAAACUACGGAAACUGAUGUUUCAAAUGGAGUAUCGAUGGUUCCAGCAAGUACAUUGUAUGGGGUAGCGGCCGGUCUUUCAGUAACGCUUUUCAUCGCUAUACUCGCCAUAAUAUAUCUCAUUUGGAGAAAAAAUCAAGAUUCUGAAUUUGACGAUAAAGAUAACGUGUCAAAGCCGGGCAAUGGAACUGCGCAUGUGCAUGAGAAUACAGUAGUCACAGAACAUGAAACUUCAAAGGAAAUCGAUGUGAGGCCUUCACCCAAGAUGACGACCUUCACCGGCAAUUCUACGGUAACUGAGCCUGCUCAGGAAAGGGAAAACAUUAAUGAGAAAACCGGAAGUAACCAGUUAUCUGAAGCUGACCUUUUCGCAAACAAAACUGCAGCAACAAAUUUUUCUGCUCCCCCAGAUCCUAAAUAUGCAACAGUAAAUAAAGAAGAAAAUACUGGGCACUUCGAAGAAGAACCUUUUGAUUACGACAAAAUAGCUCAGUCUAAUGCAGCACCUAAGAAUGAUUUUGAAGAAGAGCUGUAUACGGCCACGUCAGCUUGGGUAUAGAAGAUUACGAAUAAUAACCAACGUAAUGUGAAGCACGCUGAUGACUUUCCUCCAUGACCAGAUUGAAAUGAAGAAUACGAGAACGAUAACUAUACCGCGCUUUGAUUAGUUCGUAUUUUGGCCUCUUUCAUAUAGUUUUUGCUCGUUCCAUUACUUAUUCUUGUACGCGUAGUAUACAAGUAAUUAUCCCAUUUUAAUAUUUAGCAAUAGCGUGCCUUUACUGAGGACAUAUUUUAUAUCGCCUACAUUCAGUCCACUUAAUAAUAUGCUUUUAUUUUGCUUCAAAAUAUUUUUGACAAGGCACGCAGUUAACCUAUAUAUAGGUAAUGUCCGCUUCACUUCAUAUCAAUUUAUAAAACAAUAUCUGUCCCCACCGGGAUCUUCCCGAGAAUGGUUUUAUUUGACUUCUAAUUUGCCAGGAUUUUUAGUGCAAUAAUUAGCACUAAUCUCUAAAUUAAUAUAUAUAAAAGUUCCUUGCGUUUUGGAAUGAUUUUGUAAAGUAGGCCAGCAUUAAUACAAUAUCGAAUAAGUUCAUAUUUCAGAAUCAACUCGAUUUCAAGCAUGCAUAAUUCAUACUAAUAAACAAUGCACCUCCACUUCUACUUACCUAUAGUACAAAUUUACUUUGUUUUUAAAGCAUCCAUGCAUCCAUGAUCACUUUUUACUUAAUACGAUCUGUUGUUUGUAUGUAUAUUUUACGCUCGCUAUCUUGUAUUGUUUAUUUUCAUCCAUCCAUUCUGGAGUUUAUUUGCUUUAUUAUGUAUUUUUACAUGUUAUAAUACUACAUUCUUUGUACAUGCUCGUGAGGACAGAAUCUCAAAAACGAAUUCAUUGUUGAUAGAAUAAUUUAAUCGAGAUAAUUUUGAUUCAUGUAGAUAAUUCAUGUAUCUAUUCUAUACUGUUGAAUUCAUGUCUCUAAUUAAAGUCACUGGUUAUACGAGUCUAGGUCCCAAGUGACGCCGCGUCACAGAAAUUCUGAUUCUAAAGUCAAGUCGCAUCUGUUCCUAGUCAGUCCAUAUGUCCACAUAUCAAUGGACAAGGAGCGGGGCAGUCCGUGUGUAUCGUUGAUUUUUUUUUUAAUAUUUUU